AUGACAUCAGAGGAAUUUCACCAUCGACCGUUGGUUAAAUUUGACCAGCAAAAUUCCUUUUUGGCGGUAAUUCGACCCAUCAUCGUACUGGGUCAGGUGUUUGGAAUUUUCCCUGUUUUGGGAUACGGAGCUGCUGAGGCAAGCAAAAUUCAUUUUAAGGUGUUUUCCUUGCGAAUGUUUUACACGUUGUUGCUUCAACUGGGUGCAUCAAUGAUGUCCGGCUUUUCACUGGCAACCUUCUGGACGACUGGAGUAGAAUUUUCGAAAAUUCUAUCCUGGAUGUUCUUCACGGUUAAUCUGCUGAUUACAUUGGGAUUCACGGGACUGGCCCGGAAUUGGUCAAAACUGAUGGUCGAAUGGGAAAACACAGAGCUGAGUCUUCCUCAGAGACCCAAACUAUCGGCCAGUAAUAGCAGGUUGCGUCGAAAAGCUAAAAUAAUUAUGUCGACGUUAAUGUUCAGUGCACUGUUUGAACAUAUUCUUGCCAAGCCAGCCGGUCUAUAUCGAGCCUACAAAUGUGGAAUAAAAAAUCUCGUCGAGGCUCAUCUGAUGCAGGCCUUUCCGGAACUUUUCUCCUUCAUCCCGUACGACAUCUAUCUUGGCUUUGUGUGUCAGGUUAUCACCAGUAUUCUGACUUUCUACUGGAACUUCAUAGAUCUGUUUCUGAUCGUGCUGAGCAUUGGCUUAAGACAGAAUCUGAGGCAUGUUAACGACAUUAUCAUCAGCUCGAAGGCCGAGUACAGUUCGAAUCAGUUUUGGCACAAUCAUUGGAAACACUACCAAAGGGCUUGCGAUUUGGUGCAGCUGUUCAAAACAAAGAUGGCUUUUUUCGUGGCCGUUUCUUUCGCAAACAAUUUAUUCUUCAUCUGCAUACAGAUGCUGGGUUUAUUGAAAGAAUAUCCCGGCGUUCUCGUGGCAAUCUACUAUUGGUACUCGUUUGGGCAUUUGGUGACGCGUAUGGUACUCGUAGCCCUCUACGCUGCUGAGAUUCACGAUGAAUCGAAAAGGCUACUGCCGUUGUUCAGGACUUUACCCACGCAGUAUUACAACAAAGAUAUUCAGCGCUUUCAGGAACAGGUGGAAAAUGAUGUGGUGGCUCUUUCGGGGUUCGGUUUCUUCUUUCUGACACGGCAGUUGAUUUUAAAGAUUGCCGGCACAGUCGUUACUUACGAAUUGGUGCUACUGCAGGUAAACCAGGCCGAAGAGAAAAACGGACCUCAUAAUCCGUGCACCUGAAAAGGUUCAUCUCUACUCCACACAGUGGAGACCGUCUCAUCUUGCACAAGUCCACCUCCCA